UGUAAUGGCGGAUGCGACUAAACUCGAGACGGCUCCGGUGGACAUCGCAGAGGAGGGGUCCUGCACGUCGGCGGAGGAACUGGCGGCUCAGAAGCGCGAACAGAGACUUCGAAAAUUCCGAGAGCUGCAUCUGAAGCGGGUGAGUCGCCCCGGAGGCGAAGACUACGAGAAAGUGAAGUUGCUGGAGAUCAGUGCAGAAGAUGCAGAGAGAUGGGAGAGGAAGAAGAAGAGGAAAAACCCUGAUCUUGGCUUUUCAGACUAUGCUGCUGCCCAGCUCCGUCAGUAUCACCGGCUGACCAAGCAGAUCAAACCGGACAUGGAAACAUAUGAGAGACUCAGGGAAAAACAUGGAGAAGAGUUUUUCCCAACAUCCAACAGUCUUCUUCAUGGGACACAUGUGCCUUCCACAGAGGAAAUUGAUAGAAUGGUCGUAGAUCUGGAAAAACAAAUUGAAAAACGAGACAAAUAUAGCCGAAGACGUCCUUAUAAUGACGAUGCAGACAUUGACUACAUCAAUGAAAGAAACGCCAAGUUCAACAAGAAAGCCGAAAGGUUCUAUGGGAAGUAUACGGCUGAAAUUAAGCAGAAUUUGGAAAGAGGAACAGCCGUUUAAUCCUUGUUUUUAGAAGCUUCAGAACAGAGUGCAAAUUUCUGCUCGCAAAUUGAAGUUCUCUUCAAUAUUUUAUCAGUAAACCAGAAGAUAGUUUCUGCCUUUCCACUCGGCAUUUUGAAAUAAAUGUUUUUUCUUAAAUGUAUACUUCUGUGUAUAUUUCCACAGUUUUGUGCUAGAAUAAAAGAUGUAUUUCUUGUAGUGAAA